CAAGACGUGAAACUUGGGAAAGAAAUAGGCCACGGGAGCUUUGGCACUGUCUACGUUGGUCGAGAUGGGACGAGCGGCAAGCUGAUUGCCGUGAAGGAAAUUCUUUUGCCUGCGCUGCGAUCUGGACUAGGUGUUAAGAAAAAUAUAUCUGGUGACUCUCAGAAGAAGAAGUAGACUUUUUGUCAUUGUUGACCUUGUUGACCAUCACCAUGUUUAUAGAAACGAAAUGGUCUUCUUGCUGAUCGCUAGGCUAGUCCAUUCAUGAUCAUGAUAUAAGAAUGGAAUAGAAAAAAUUUGUUAAAGAAGUACAGUACUUUUUAGAGUUCGGCCUGAGUAAAUACGCAGCGCUAGCAGCAGGAACUCUUGCUCUUCCUUCUUCUGUUUUCUCUAAAGCCUCUAGUCGAAAAGCGAAAAAGAAACGAAAGAAAGAUGUCCGUGCAGGAGGUGCUAGCAAGGAUUCCUUGGCAUCCGAUGUUGGCGGCGGACCUUCACCACCGUCAGAAGAAGAUGAAGUCGACGUGAAGGUUCCUGUACAAGAAGAUGUUGCGCUUCCGAGUCCUAGUACGGGCAUGCCUGGCCGAGUAGAAGAGCGGAAUUUGGCAGUUGAUGCAAAAGUCGACAAAGUCGACACUAGUACUGUCAACACAAAGGCGAGCUAUGGCCAAUCGUCGGGACAAAAAUUAGCAGAGCAAGACCACGAAACUGCUAAGGCCGACAAGACAGAGGACAAUGAAAACACCACUACCAAUUACGAGGAGUUCAUUCAGGAUAAAGAAGAGGAGAUCACGAAAAAGAUUUUCGAGGAGUUGGCACUGUUGAAAUCUCUAGCCCAUCACCGCAUCGUGGCCUACCUCGGGGCAAGCACCACUACGGUACGAACACCGGCUCCGGCGCAAAGUUCUUCAGAACAACAGGCCGGCGAUGAUUCAAAUCCCGCCCGCUCAUGUGGUGCAGCAGCCACUUCGGCAUCGCCAGGGGACCUUGUUAAUACAUCAUCGUCUCCGGUCUCCGCUGGCGCUGUCUCGUCCUCUGUUGCAGCCCCGGUUAUGAUCGAUAAGCGAUUUCUCCACAUAUACAUGGAAUACGUGUCGGGUGGGUGCCUCAAGUCGCAGCUGGAGGAGUUUGGACCGAUCCAAGAGACGGUGCUGCAGAGCUACACGCGACAGAUUUUGGAGGGGAUUUCUUACCUUCAUAGCAAGCGCGUUGUGCACUGCGAUUUGAAGACAGGGAACAUCCUUCUGGAUAUCGAAGGCGGUGUCAAAAUUGCAGACUUUGGAGCUAGUAUCAAGGCGUUGCCGAAAAGGCAGGCCGCACUCUCCACCACUGCUGGUGCUGCAGGAGCAACUGGCGUGACCAAAGAGGAGAUCGUUCACAUCGGGACGCCGAUUAUCUGGUCCCCCGAGCAGCUGGCGGAAGGAGGCGCCACAUUCGAAUCGGAUGUGUGGUCGAUUGGUUGUUGCGUGGUCGAAAUGCUC